CCUUAAACCCAAUCCAACUCACUCCCUCUUUCUCUCUCAUAAUAACCCUUCUUUUUCUUUCCUUCACAAUCACUCCUAUUUUUGGUUACUUUCAAUUUCAACACUUUCAAAUUUCACAUUUCAACCACCAAAUAAAUAAAUCCAACACAAAAUUCACAAUCCUUGUGAAAAAUAACAACAUUUUACUAUUAUUUACAUUUUGAUAUCUUACCUUAAACACAAAAACAAGAUGAGUUUGGUUUGAAUUUGGAUAGCUAUAUAUAUAUAUUACUACAAAACAAUACAAGUACAACAAACCAAACCAAACAAAACAAAACAAGCCCUUAUUAUUCUAGAGUGUGUGUUGUGGUGUUAUAGACUUUGAAAUUGAAAAAACCAAACUACAACCUUUGUCUCAUCCCACUUGGAAUUCCACCUCAUCCUUUUUUUCUUAACGCCAUGAAAACAGUAUGUGAUUUGUUACAAAAGUAGCUGUUCAAGUUGAUCUUAAGACUACCACAGAUAUCAAUACGUGAUCAUAGGUUUUUUUGUUUCGUGCAUCAAAAGCGCGGUGUUUCUAAGCUGAUUUAUGGGGACUAAGGAAGAUAGCACAACUAAACCUUCUAAAUCAUCUUCAUCAACUCAGGAGGUACCAACAGUACCACCACCAUAUCCAGAUUGGUCAAAUUCCAUGCAGGCCUACUAUAAUCCUGGAGCCGCUCCGCCUCCCUAUUAUGCCUCAACUGUUGCUCCGCCAAACCCCCAUCCGUAUAUGUGGGGAGGCCAGCAUCCUAUGAUGGCGCCAUAUGGGACUCCAGUCCCGUAUCCUGCUAUGUACCCUCCUGGAAAUAUCUAUGCUCAUCCUAGCAUGGUAGUGACUCCAAGUGCUAUGCACCAAACUACAGAGUUUGAAGGCAAGGGACCUGAGGGAAAGGAUAAAGAUUCAUCUAAAAAAUCGAAGGGCACUUCUACUAAUACGAGUGCCAAAGCAGGAGAGAGUGCAAAGACAGGCUCAGGUUCAGGCAAUGAUGGCUUUUCACAAAGUGGUGAAAGUGGUUCAGAGGGUUCAUCAAAUGGCAGUGAUGAGAACCAACAGGAAUCGGCUAGAAACAAGAAGGGGGGCUUUGACCUCAUGCUUGUUAAUGGAGCAAACGUACAGAACAAUACCACUGGACCCAUUUCUCAAUCGCCUGUUCCCGGAAAUCCUGUUGUCUCGAUGCCUGCUACUAAUCUUAAUAUUGGAAUGGAUUUAUGGAAUGCAUCUCCUGCUAGUGCUGAAGCCGCCAAAAUGAGACACAAUCAAUCUAGUGUUCCCGGAGCUGGUGAACAAUGGAUGCAACAAGAUGAUCGUGAGCUGAAAAGACAGAAGAGAAAACAGUCUAAUCGAGAGUCAGCUAGGAGGUCAAGACUACGCAAGCAGGCUGAGUGUGAAGAGCUACAGAAGAGGGUGGAGGCGCUGGGAGGUGAGAAUCGAACUCUCAGAGAAGAGCUUCAGAAACUUUCUGAGGAGUGUGAGAAGCUUACAUCUGAAAACAAUUCUAUCAAGGAAGAGUUGGAACAAUUGUGUGGGCCGGAAGUAGUUGCUAAUCUUGAAUGAAACAAACAAAACAGUUACUCGGUGUCGUCUUCGGUGGCAAUAGUGGAAAUUGAUUGACUCUUGAUUAAGACAAAUCUGCAGCUGGAAUUUUCUAAUCAGUGAACUGGUCUCUUAAUUGUGAAUAGGAUAUAAUGUUUUUUUACUAAUUUUAUACCAUUAAUCUUCAACUGUAAUUGCUCUUAUAAUUUACGCGUAAUUUGUACCUAUGCGGCGUGAGAAUAGAAUAUGUAGGCUACUGAAAGCACUUCUGUUUCUGUUUAGAAUUUAGUUUUGCAACUGAUGAUGUUGAAAAUCUAGUUUAGAAUUUAGCACUUCUGUCUAGAAUAUCUAUCAUCUACCAUCUAUUCAAACAUACCUUGCUGAGUUUUCAUGAAA